AUGAAUCUAGCCUCCCUAAUCAACAAGGCCAAGCAGAAGGCACCACCCACCGAGUCGUCCGACAAGAAGUUCCUCAGCCGCAAAGAGCUCGAGGCGCAGCGACAAGCCGCAUACCAUGCCGAGCAAGAAGCCGCCGAGAAGGCUCGCCAGAACAAAUUAACGCGCAAAAGGAAAGCGGAAGAGGAAGAGACAGCAAGGGAAGAGGCGCGGCGCGAGAAGCAGAGGAAGUUUGCAGAGGAAUCGAGGCGGAUGCGGCGAGAAGAGACGGAAGAGGAAGAGUGCAGGCGGAGAAAACGGUUGGGGCUUCCAGAUCUGCCACCGAAGAAGGCGAACGGCGAGGAGGACGGCACACCGAUUCCGGAAGACGAAGACAUAGCUGACGAGGAGCUACUCGGGAAGUUAAGGGCGCUGGAAGAACCAGUGAUGCUGUUUGGAGAGACACAUAAGCAGCGGCUGAAGCGGUACAAGAAGCGCGUCGGAGCCGAUAGCCUCAAGGCAACAAUGACCGACGGUCCAAUACCCACAACGCUGCAACUCGUACCAGAGAAAGACAUGAAGGUGGAGCUCACGCUACCGAAAGACAAGAACGGUCGCGAGUUCUUAUUCAGACAACUUGCGAGUUACUUCACAAUGGUGCUACAAGAAUGGGAGACCACACUGUCCCGACGGACUGUCGAAGUCAAGAACAGCUACCCAGGAAAGCAAGCCUACAGCGCCAUGGUGCAAGCUCGUGAGAAUCUACGCCCGCUUUUCAAGAAGAUGGAGCAGUACGACCUGCCCGACAGCAUCCUCGAACCUGUUGUAGAAAUUGUGCACGCGGCGCAAGAACGGAGAUACGUGGAUGCGAACGACGGCUACCUCAGGCUGAGUAUCGGCAAGGCGGCGUGGCCGAUCGGUGUUACUAUGGAGUCCUACUUCACUUAUCCACCCGAGGAGGAGUCGCCAGUUAACCACGACAUUCACUUUCGAGCUGGCAUUGCCCCAGAUGGCUCGGAUACAUUCACUCCGCGAGCUCUGAUCUAUGAUCUUAAGGGCGCGUUUGGCAGCAUGAAGAAGGUCAAUGCUCUUUACGAGCCCGAAGAAGAUGUCAACAUUGAUCGAUCUAGCGUAUGGCCGUCGAAGCCCAUCGUUCAGCGCUCUGCACCAAUACAACCAUCCUCGUAUCAGACACACCUUGACGCGGGCCUCGACCCCCCUCAACUCACUACUUCCACCGUACGCUACUGGUCUGACUACUCGCGUGUCUUCUACCAUCCUAGGUCGCUAACACAGCUGUCUGAGUUCGAAGUAAAUGAUGGCCUGAUGCCCUUCGAGAAAUGGCACGUCGGCAUGGAGCUCUUCGAGAAGCUGGAACGAGAUGUGGACUUGGUCGAUCGAGACCUCAGACCCUUCGCUGAGGAAUGCGAUGGAAUGCAGAGUAUACAAAUCUUCACUGGCGUAGACGAUGCUUGGGGAGGGUGGGCUAGUGGAUGGCUUGAGAGACUACGGGACGAGUAUGGAAAGUUGAGCAUCUGGACGUGGGGGCUUGGAGAUCAAGGAGGCAAUACGACGACCCCGAGGGAAAGGCGAUUACAGCAGAUCGAAAACUCGGCACAUUCUCUUCACAUACUUGCUGAGCAGUCAUCUGUGUACAUCCCAAUCCCGAACGUGCCGAUCAGAACUCCCUCCUACCUAUCCUUGAGUUGUACCUCACCAUGGUACGUUGGAGCGCUUCAGGCGGUAGCCUUGGAAAGCAUGACGAUAUCUUCUCGCCUGAGAUCUGCUCUUGGUGGAAGAGGAACUCUCCAGGACAUCGAAGCAACUUUCAACAGCACUGGAAAGCGUCGGGUUGCCAAACUGGAACUGAGUGUCGCUGAUCCAGACGUGUUGUCCGAGCAAGCAUCUGCACAAAUUGCCCAAGCGGAAAAGGCGGGGUCUAUCACGUCUCGCCAGACGAGCGAAGCCGAUGAGCAACUGACAAGUUUCGAUAUCGAUGCUUUCACCAUAGACUACAAGAUUGGAGCGUCACGCCCUACGAAGCGAGAACAUGUUUUCGGCAGAGUGGAAGCAGCACGAGGUGACUGGAACGUGAUUGAAGACCGUGAUCCUCACGAUAGGUUCGGCGAUGGCCCGGCUUUGCAAAGGUUCGCUGCACCGCUGCUCUUCCCACUUCUCGAUAGCUUCCCAGCAUCAUUAUUCAAUAUCGGCACGGGAGAAGGGCGUAAAAUCGCCGUGCGUUCGGGGCUUACCACCAGCACAGCGGUUGCUGACCAGGUGCGGGCGGUGGAACAAAUUGUGCGCCGCAUGCACAUGGUUGGCAUUGAUGAGCGCGAAACAAUCUGCAAUGGACUGCAAACCAUGGCAGAAGAAUACGAUGAAGGUUGGGAUAGUGGGAGCGACAGCGAUGAGGACGACUGA